ACCACCCAACUUCUCCCUACAUUUUUCUUUUUUCCGUCCGGCAUCACUCCUUUCCCCCCGCCAUAGAUCAUUUUUCCUUGAAACUAAUAGAUCUUUAUUUCGUUGCUUACGAACCUUACCGAGAGAUAUGCACGCUUUGUGCCGCGUUCGUCACCGGCGACGGGCUAUAGCUGCCCUGUUGUUGUUUGUCGCCCUCCUCGCCGCCGGGAAGCUAGGGCAAUGCCAGGACGACGACGAUGAUUAUGACGACAGCGAUGGCGAUGACGACGAUGGCGGAGGAAACUCAGCAGAUGUCCCGCUCUUCGCCAACAUUGUCUAUGACCGUCUAAUGAGCCUUACCGGAGCGUUCACUAAAGAGUUUGGAAACCAGCUCAAAUAUUGCAUCAAGGAUUCAGAUAAAGAUUGGAAUGAGGCGUUUAAUUUUUCGGCGGAUUUGAGAUUCUUGGUUAAUUGCAUCAAGCAGAAAGGGGACCUCACAUCACGCUUGUGUAAUGCUGCAGAAAUAAAAUUUUACUUCAAUAGCUUUUAUGACAACACUGGAGAAAACGCAGCAAAAAUCAAUAUACUUAAACCAAACAAAAAUUGCAACUUGACUUCAUGGGUACCUGGAUGUGAGCCAGGAUGGGCAUGCAACAUCAAUCCAAAUCAGAAUGUUAAGCUUAAUGAUUCCAAACAAAUGCCUGCAAGGACUUAUAAGUGUCAUCCUUGUUGUCCAGGCUUCUUCUGCCCCCGUGGUAUUACUUGCAUGAUACCUUGUCCUUUGGGUGCCUACUGCCCACUUGCUAAACUUAAUAAGACCACUGGUGUUUGUGAUCCAUAUAAUUACCAAUUACCUCCUGGUCAACCAAAUCAUACUUGUGGUGGUGCUGAUAUGUGGGCUGAUGUUUUAUCUACUAGACAAGUGUUUUGCCCACCUGGAUACUAUUGUCCGAGCACUAUACAGAAGAUUUCUUGCAGUAGUGGGCAUUACUGCAGGAAGGGUUCUACAUCUGAAACAAGGUGUUUUAAGCAAAGUUCUUGUAAGCCAAAUUCCUCAAAUCAAGAUAUUACUAUAUUUGGAGCUCUAGUUAUGGUUGCUCUGUGUUUGUUGCUCUUAAUAAUAUACAACUUCUCUGGCCAAAUCCUUAGUAAUCGUGAGAGGAGGCAAGCUAAAUCAAGAGAAGCUGCUGCAAGGAGUGCUAGAGAAACUGUGCAAGCUCGUGAAAGGUGGAAAUCAGCUAAAGAUGUUGCCAAGAAACAUGCUGUGGGACUUCAGGCACAACUAUCAAGAACAUUCUCACGCAAAACGUCUAAAGGUUCGGGGCAAUCUCAUGAAUCAUCUGACGCAUCUAGUUCUAAAAAUGCAGGCCUUCCUCCUAAGAAAAAAGAAUCUAGUAAACUUACAAAAGUUAUUCAGUCACUAGAAGAGAAUCCUGAAAGUGACCAAGGUUUUAAUCUACAAAUUGGAGAUAAGAACAUAAAGAAAAAUGUGCCAAAAGGGAAACAAAUGCAUACUCGCAGCCAAAUCUUCAAGUAUGCUUAUGGUCAAAUUGAGAAAGAAAAGGCACUGGAACAACAAUAUAAGAACUUGACAUUCUCUGGAGUUAUUUCUAUGGCUACUGAUACGGAUUUAAGAACCAGGCCGAGAAUUGAGAUUGCUUUUAAGGACCUAACACUAACUUUGAGAGGGAGUAAGAAAAAGCUUCUAAGAAGUGUGACAGGCAAACUCAUUCCUGGCCGUGUGGCAGCAGUGAUGGGUCCUUCUGGGGCAGGCAAGACUACAUUCCUAACUGCUUUGGCUGGAAAGACAACGGGGUGCGAGAUUACAGGCCUGGUUCUUAUUAAUGAAAAAGUAGAACCAAUCCGGUUUUAUAAGAAGAUUAUAGGUUUUGUACCACAGGAUGACAUUGUUCAUGGAAACUUGACAGUGGAAGAGAACCUUUGGUUUAGCGCAAGAUGCAGACUUUCAGCAGACUUGUCAAAGGCUGACAAGGUUCUUGUUGUUGAAAGAAUUAUCGAGUCCUUAGGAUUGCAGACAAUACGUGAAUCCUUAGUUGGUACUGUUGAGAAGCGUGGAAUAUCUGGUGGGCAAAGAAAGCGAGUUAAUGUUGGACUUGAAAUGGUUAUGGAACCUUCUUUAUUAAUUUUAGAUGAGCCAACCUCUGGUUUGGAUAGUGCUUCAUCAUCUUUACUUCUUAAAGCCCUACGUCGCGAAGCACUGGAAGGGGUAAAUAUAUGCAUGGUGGUUCACCAACCUAGUUAUACCCUGUACAGGAUGUUUGAUGAUUUGAUACUUCUAGCAAAAGGAGGUAUAACAGUGUAUCAUGGAUCUGUGAAGAAGGUUGAAGAAUACUUUUCAGGCCUGGGUAUCAAUGUUCCUGAACGUGUUAAUCCUCCAGACUAUUAUAUUGACAUUUUAGAGGGCAUAAUUAAACCAAACACAACUUCAGGAAUAACUUGCAAGCAACUUCCUCUUCGAUGGAUGUUACAUAAUAAAUAUGAUGUGCCUCGUGAUAUGCUUAAUGAUGAUGCUACUGGAGAUGUAUCUAGCAGGGAUAGUGAAAAUACUACUGUUAAGGUCGAAACACCAUCUAUUGCAGGAGAAGUAUGGAACCAUGUCAAGGAUAUUUUAGGGCAGCGAAAAGAUGAUUUUAAGUACCACUUUUUACAUUCUAUAGAUUUAUCAAAUCGGAGCACUCCUGGUGUUAUGACGCAAUACAAGUAUUUCUUGGGAAGGGUAGGUAAACAACGUCUUCGUGAAGCCAGAAUACAAGGAGUGGAUUUUCUUAUUCUGUGUCUUGCUGGAGUCUGCCUAGGGACGCUUGCAAAAAUGAGUGAUGAAACAUUUGGCUCGUUGGGUUACACAUACACAGUUAUAGCUGUUUCUCUAUUAUGUAAGAUUGGAGCUCUCAGAUCAUUUUCACUUGAGAAGUUGCAUUACUGGAGGGAAAGGACUUCUGGCAUGAGCUCACUUGCUUAUUUCCUUGCAAGGGACACCAUUGAUCAUUUCAAUACAAUCAUCAAACCAAUAGUUUAUCUGUCAAUGUUCUAUUUUUUCAACAAUCCUAGGUCCUCAUUUGUAGAUAAUUACAUCAUACUGGUUGCUCUUGUUUACUGUGUAACUGGUAUUGGUUACUUCUUUGCCAUCUUCUUCCAGCCAGGAACAGCCCAGUUGUGGUCUGCACUUAUGCCGGUUGUUUUAACGCUAAUAGCAACUGAGGAGACAACUUCAAAAUUCCUGGCUAACAUAUGCUACACAAAGUGGGCAUUGGAAGCAUUUGUUGUUGUCAAUGCUGAAAGGUAUUCUGGAGUAUGGCUGAUAACUAGGUGUGGUUCUAUGAUGCAAAGUGAUUAUGAUAUCAAUGAUUGGGCCCUUUGUAUAAUUGUUCUCAUUUUAUAUGGCAUGCUUUCUCGCUGCAUUGCCUUUUUUUGUAUGGUCACUGUCUCAAGGAAUUAAAUGUCUGAAAGCUUAUGCUUUAGAAUUAUUCGUGUAGGGAAAAUGCUUGUAGAAUUCUUGUCUGGAUAGUCAGAUACAGCAAAGUUCAACAAUUAGGAAUGCCUAAACAGCAUGAUUGUAUUUUUGUAAAUGAGCUUCUUCGUUCAAAUAAUGUAAAAUUAGUACUCAUUUAUUUA